UAAAUUGGGUGCCUCUCUCUCUCUCUCUCUCUCUCUCUCUCUCUCUCUCGAUCGAAACCACAAACCUACUGCCCUUCACUCGUAGUGUGUGUGCUAGUCGUGUGUCGCGAACACCCACAACCUUCCAGAGCCAAAGAUUCCAAUCAACCAACGCUCUUCGCUCGCCUAACCAGUUAGAUCGAUCGAUGGAGGGGAGCAGCAACAGCCCGGACAGGCAGUCAUCGGGCGGCAGCCCGGAGGAGCGCGGUAGCGGCGGCAGCGGCAGCGGGGGCCGGGGCACCGGCGGGGAGCCGGUGCGGUCGCGAUGGACGCCGAAACCGGAGCAGAUACUGAUCCUCGAGUCCAUCUUCAACAGCGGCAUGGUCAACCCGCCCAAGGACGAGACCGUCCGCAUCCGCAAGCUGCUCGAGCGCUUCGGCGCCGUCGGCGACGCCAACGUCUUCUACUGGUUCCAGAACCGCCGCUCCCGCUCGCGCCGCCGCCAGCGCCAGAUGCAGGCCGCGGCCGCGGCCGCGGCGGCAGCCGCCUCCUCCGCCGCCCAGAGCUCUCCAGCGGCUAGCCCCACCGUGGGCCUUCCGUCUGGCGCCGUGCAAUACCCCUUGGCCAUGGGUGGGAGCGCCUGCCAGUAUGAGCAGCAGGCGAGCUCCUCGUCGUCGUCGGGAAGCACGGGAGGCUCGUCGCUGGGGCUGUUCGCUCUCGGCCCGGGGGUGCCCGGCACCGGCGCUGGGUACUUCCAGGCGUCGUGCGGUGCUUCUUCGCCGCUGGCAUCCGGGCUGAUGGGCGACGUCGACAGCGGCGGCGGCAACGAUGAUCUCUUCGCCAUCUCGCGGCAGAUGGGGUUCGCGGAGAGCCCAGUCGCCGCCUCCUCCUCCGUGGCGCCGAGCACCGCCGGGCACCAGCAGCAGUAUUACUCAUGCCAAUCACCUGCAGCGACGAUCACGGUGUUCAUCAACGGAGUCCCAAUGGAGGUUCCCAGGGGUCCAAUAGACUUGCGAGCCAUGUUCGGCCAGGACGUGAUGCUCGUUCACUCCACGGGGGCCCUCCUCCCAGUCAACGAUUAUGGAAUUCUAACGCAGAGCUUGCAAAUGGGCGAAAGCUAUUUCUUGGUGGCGAGGCCAACUUAAAACUGCCCGUAGCUAGAUUGUAGAACAGUCUCUCUCUCUACUCAAUAUUCAUUGGAUUGGAUGGGAUGCAGUUUCAUAAUCAAUCAACAGAAAGGACGUUUAAUUGCGAGCAAAUGAUUCCAUCAUCCAUCGUGCAUCGAGAAGAGAAGAUAGAAAUAUAUAUGUAUAUUGCACCUCAAGAAAGUACCUGCUGUAUGUCCUUAAAACAUACGAAAUUAAGCGUGGGCGGUCGAUUUUCUCAAUUGGAUUAUGAAUUACAAAACGCAUGUGCAUGCAUGCAUGAGCCUCCUUGACAGUCGAGCUAUGUAUUCUUUUUAGCUAGACAGUUGCACCUUGCAUGGUACUGGUUUAUAAAUUGUGAUGUAAUGCUAUAUAUGUCGGCUAGACGCGGUUGGAAUGUCUGUCCUUAAUGUAAGGCCAAAUGGAGGUCUAAAAUAUGA